CUUAUCAAGUCAGACAUUUAUUUGGUAUAUUUUUCAAGUUCCUCUAUUUGUGACAGGUGUUGAUCUUAUUUUUUGUCGUUUUAUAGGCCGAUGUUUUCCUGAUAUGCGCAAAUGCAAUGCAAUAUAAUGCUUCCGACACUGUCUAUUUUCGGCAGGCAAAGACCAUACCAGAGCUGGCAAAACGUGAUUUUGAUAAUUUGAAAGAAGUUAAUGAAGAAGGCAAACCACAGCCAAAAGUUGUUCGAAGAGGAAGGCCUCCCACCAAGAAUUUGAAGAAGGAAUUUUCCAGUCCUCCAUCAAUUGCACGUUGUGGGCCUGAAUCUUCAUACGAUGCCACUCCUAAUACAGGAGGUGAGAAUCAGAAUGCCUCGGGCUCAAACAACUACAGAUUUCCGAAAAGGCUUGCUGAGGCAAAACAUGUAAAGAAAAGGUUUAUGUUAGAUGAGAACAAGCGUUCCACAUAUAAGCUCUCUCAAGCAUCAACUUUAGGCGAUGAUCCAUAUAUGUUGACUUCCCUCAAUGGGAAAACCAAUCGGUUAAUGGGGUACCGUAGAAUUUGGUUAGAUUUUGUUGCCUGUUCUUUUCACAGCAAUAUUUUAUAUUGA